UGAGAGUCAACCAAAAUGCUGUGGGUCUGGAGUCACACGCAGGCCUGACCAAUGGUAUUUUCUGGUCCUUUAUUGUCCCAAAUUGUAAACAUACGGACGAAAAUUCCUCGCAGCGUUCACUAGAAGGCAGCAAAGACAACACCAUCGUGGUAACCAUAGAGAUUCUGAAACAUGAUCACCUAGCAACGCAUUGUACCACUAUAAACAAAUCUCGACGCAACUGCACGAACUCAGGGAGAUUUCUUGCCCUUAGAACCCAGCCGGAGCGGCCACCUCGCUGAAAAAAAAUGCCUGAAACCAGAGACCCAUUCCCUUUUCCGAGAUAUGAAAAUGAUGAUGAUUUCAGAGGUCAGAGAAAGGAUACACAGGUUCCUCAGAAUCUCAAACCAAGUCAUUUAGCACAACAGGAGGAUCCAUGGAAUCGACUCAAUGCAGCAGUGACCGUGGCAAGUGCAAGCAAAGGAAUUUUCCUCUAUAAUCCCAAGGCACCAAAAGACAGUCUGGAUCUCCAUCUUAAUUCUGUUUAUAAUCAUUCAGAGGAUUUUUUGAAACAUAAGAAUGAGGUACUUCUUCAAAAAGCAACCUGUGAACCUCAGAGGGGCUGUUGGUUGGGCAUGGAUGACCAACUUCCAGAAGACAUUUUUCGUCGGAAAAUGGCAAAGGAUGCAGUGCAGAAAGAUAUUUGUGACUGUGCACCUGAACAGCCAGACACCACAGCUAACUAUUUAUGUGAAAGACCUCCACCGAGACAUUGGAUGUCGCCGGCAAAAUUAUCCAUUCAUAGCAUUGAGGGAGCAAUAAGAAGCCAACACACAGCUGCUACCAACCGAGGAUAUUCUAGAAAAUUCGAUGGCGGCUUCUUUAUAAACUGAAUUAAUAGACAUUUCUCCAUUAAGAUUCUGAUUGACUCUUUGUUUUCCUUCAUCAACAAGACCCUGAGAGAUAAGGAAGACACAACUGCAAUAUUGUGAAGUAUCACCUAAAAUAAGGUCUUUUCAAGAAAACAGAAUUAAAUAAUUGCAAUAAGAAAGCUCAAAA